AUGCGCCUCAUUAGCACGAGUACCUACACCCUGCGAGAGUUCCGAGACGGGGAAAUCCCGCGCCAUGCCAUCUUGUCACACGUCUGGGGCGAGGAGGAGGUUACUCUACAGGAUGUUGUAGGCUCCCACGCCAAAGACAAACAGGGUUAUGAGAAGCUCCGGGGCUUCUGCUCCGUCGCUGCUGCCAAUGGCUUCGAAUACGCCUGGAUUGAUUCUGCCUGCAUCGACAAAACGAGCAGCGCUGAGCUUUCCGAGGCGAUCAACUCGAUGUACUACUGGUACGAAGAAGCAGAUGUAUGUUAUGCGUACCUGGCAGACGUAACGGCGACAUAUGAGAUGGCUUCCAGCAAAUGGUUCACCCGAGGAUGGACUCUGCAGGAGUUGAUUGCCCCACGAUCCAUGAUUUUCUAUGAUAAGGAUUGGCAGGUACUUGGGACGAAGGAGGAGCUGGGAGAGAUUAUUUCAGGAUGUACCAGAAUCCCCCGAAGUAUUCUCUCUGGAGACGAGGACCUUAUGUCGCAAAGCGUUGCGCAACGAAUGUCUUGGGCUUCGCAAAGGAAAACCACCCGGAUCGAGGAUCGCGCCUAUUCCCUUCUUGGGAUGUUUGGUAUCAACAUGUCUUUGAUAUAUGGAGAGAGAGAGAAUGCCUUCAUCAGACUCCAAGAGGAGAUCAUGCGUAUCUCGGACGAUCAAACGAUUUUUGCCUGGCGAUCGCGGGAUCAGCGAGGCGGGUUGCUCGCCACAUCGCCGGAUGCCUUUUCCGACAGCAUGAACAUCGUCAGAUUCGAUAAGCUUGACGCUGUCGACGAGCCUCCCACCAGUAAUAGCCAAGGUAUUCAUCUGCAUGUGAAUUUCUUGGGCGUCAAAGUCCGUGGAGUAGGACUGGCUGUACUCCACUGCUGCGACACCACCGACAAAGCGAAGCCAAUCGCCAUUUAUGUCAGAGACUUGGACUUCAAAAUGAAGCGUUUCGAGAGGUUCCAAUCGCACUUAACCUUACCGAUAGAUAUGGCAUCUUACUCACCCUUGAGAUUCGCUGUACGACAUGUCUGUGUCCAGAGGGGUAAUCUCUUGCGCCAAAGAAGAGCAAAGGAAGAAUCCUCCUUCGGAGUCGGAGAUAUUAGCAAUGAGUCUGCGGAAAUAGCUGUCGAAAGAUUUCCAGGGGUAAGCGGCCUCACAGAAGCAGCGAGUGCUGGCCACAGUGACAUUGUGUGGCUUUUACUUACUCUCAGAGACAUAGAGGCUGAGCUCAAGGCUGGCAAACUGUCCAGAGUCUUUUGGGCAGCGGCUGAGAGUGGUCAUGCUAAAGUUCUCGAGAUUCUUGUCUGUAGAAGUCAAAUUCCGAUCAAUGAGGUUGCUAAAAAUGACGAAGGGGAGUCACUUUUAGUAAUGGCGGUGAAGGGGGGAGCCCUUGAUGCUGUUGAGCUUCUGAUAAAUGCGGGCAUUGAGUUAAUAUCAUAUCCUCGCCAGUCAGCGUUGGGGUACGCCGUGAUACUUGGCAGGGAGGACAUGGUGCGGCUGUUGAUCGAGAGGGGGGCAGAUAUUGCCUCCGUAGACGCCCUCCACAAAACACCUCUCUGUUAUGCUGUGGAGAACAGCCGCGCACCAGUUGUAAGAUUGUUGAUUGAGAUGGGAGCUGCUUCAGCUUAUCAUGGGGUUGCCAAGAAAGAUGCAUACUCAAGGACACCGCUAUCGUACGCUUCAGAAAAGGGUCAUGUCCAGAUUGUCCGUAUGCUUUUACCAGCGUACAACAAGGAAGAUUUGGAAGUGCCCAAUCAAGGCUUGCGAACGCCGUUAUCUUUCGCCGCAGAGAAAGGCAAUGACUCCGUUGUGAAGUGUCUUUUGGACAGCGGCGCUGACCCACUGAGCCGUGAUGUAGCAGGUAGAUCGCCUCUCCAUUUCGCAGUGAGCGAGGGCCACGAAGAUGUUGUUAAGUUGUUGAUCGAGAGGAGCGCCACCACCCUUGAGAUCGAGGACGGGGGUGGCAAAACACCACUCUACUAUGCUGUCAAAAGGGGCAGCAUAGGCCUUGCUCAGCUUCUAGUAGACGUAGGUGCCAAUACAAAGACGAAGGACCGACUUGGGAAAACUCCUUUGUCUUAUGCCGUGGAGGCAAACGACGCUGAAAUGACCAAAUUUCUGAUCGAUAACGGAGCGCUCAUUUCUGAUGAGUCUCGAGAGGUGCGCAGAGCAUACAAGAAUAUUUCCAGUAGACACGAUACUGUAGCUGCUCAUAAACGAACUUCAUCAAAGCUUUUUGGGAUAAUAUAG